UACAAUUCGACCAGGUAGCAGCGCAAGCAUUUUUGGGAAAAGUGAGAAUGUCGGGAGAAUAUAUUCCUCGGAAUCCGUUCAAUCGUAAACAGCGAACGCAAAUCAAGUGGUAUGUCAAGGCAUCCCUGGAACAAUACUUUUGCCAGAAAAAAAGGCCGUCCGUCCAGGAGUUGUCCAUCCUGGCUGGUUCGCUCCAGCUAGACAAGAAGGUGGUAACUGUUUGGUUUUACAAUCGACGACAAAAAGAGAAACGUACGUCGCUGUUGAUGCCUCGCUUAACUUAUCAACCGGCAAUCCAAACCAAUGAAAGAAUGGCCAUCAAUCAGCAAAGAAUAAUCAGCUAUCAAGCAAUGCGAUUAGCCGAUAUGCUAAAGGCGAGAUCCGAAAUGAUUGGUCAGCACAAUGGGAUAAACAUGUACGCCUUCCCAUUGAAGAGACGUUUAGCACAACAUUCAACUGUUAAACGCUUUUCCUUUGGUCAACCUGACGAGAAAAUAGAGAAAAAGACAAUUUUUGUGUUAGGGACAAAAUGUCCGUAUCACAAGAAAUUUAUCAACAAUAUGAUCAACCACGUUGUUGAUGUUCAACCGGAAGAUAAGUUUCGUUUUCAACUGGUCGAAGAAGGUGGGCUUAGCCAGACGAUGAAUUGCAUCUCGGUCUACGAUAUCCAUUACGCUCAAGGAUUUCGGAUUCCGUAUUCACUGACAAUUGUAGUUACCCCCUACUUGGCCGAUUCGGAAGAGUCGGAAUUUUUUAGGAACCAAACAAUUGCAGAAAUCUUACGUGGGUUCAUUGCAGACAAGGAAGGAAUCCAAGAACUGGAUAUAAUUUGCAACGUUUACUUGAUCACGAAGGCCGACACCAGUCGGUCGGUUUUAUCUAUCUUCGGAAAGGAUGUCGAGGAGAACGUCAACAACUGGGAACUGACCGAAGAUUUUCUGGGUGAUUUGGUCUCCUGGCGAGAAAUUAUUCAACACUUUUUCUUUAUGCUUGCUAGGAUGAAGACAAAGUCUCUUUCGUUGACGAAAAUGGUUUUGGACGAGAGAAGAAAAAUGGAAAUGGCGGUGGAGAAACUACAGUUCCUUGUCACUGUUGGAUUGGCCAAAAUGGAAGAGAUGAGUGUUGCAAACCAGGCACUGAUGUAUCAAGCACAGAUUGAAACGAAAAUGAAACAAGUGAAUUAUUUGCAACAACGUCUUCCAGAUUCAGCUGUCACGAGUCUCCAAAGUCCAGAGAAUUGCAUGCUAAAUGUAAUCCAUGAUCAGCUAUCCAGAUUGAGAUUAGAUGAAACUGAUCAUGAUGUUUCAGUGACAUGGCACUCCAAAGCCCUACAGAAUGACUUGCUUCAGAAUGGGGUAUCCAUGAUGAAACACCUGCAUUCCAUUUGGCAAUGCAUCUUGCAGCUCAACAUGAUUACCCUGUACGGGAGUACAUUUAUGAGCCAAAAGAUGUUCAACCUCAUUUUUAAAGCUGAACAGCAGUUAACACAUCUAGGAAUUCAAUAAUGCAAAGUGUGAAAUGUUUUCAAAGUCUUCUCUUACACUAGUCAAAAUUUCUUUCGAAGAUUAUGUAUACCGC